AUGCGGGCCAGCGGCGGACACAACGCCUUGCUCGAAACCUUCCGGAAGCCCGACUUCAACGUCGCCGCCUUCGUCAAGGAAGCCACUUCUGGGCAGGAGAAGGCUUUGCGGCUGUCCCAGCAGCUGCAGGACUCAGCCAGCAGCCUAGAGGAAGACCUGCGUCGGGAGAUUGCCUCCUGCCAUGAGGAGCUCCUGCUCUGCGCCGGGAGCAUCAGCGACCUCGAAGGUCAGCUGGGAGAAGCCAGCGACAUCGUGGGAACGCUGAAAAGCGCUGUGGCGCGUGUGCGGACUGACAUGCUGGCUCCCUUCCAGGAGGUGAAAGGGAACGUGGAGCUGCUGGAACGCAUGCAGGCCGUGAACGUCUUAGUCCGGAAGCUCUUGCGCUUCCUCUUCGAUGCCCGGAAGCUGCGCAGCCAGAUGGACGCGCCUGGAAAGGAUUUCUCCAAGGCGGCUCACACGCUGCACGAGCUAGAGGCAGUACUGCAGGAGAGCAGCCUGGAGAAGGUGGAUGUGCUGAGGGCCGAAGUCCUUUGGAUCCGAGACGUGGGGGCGAAAGUCCGCCGCCAGUCUGAGGAGGACCUCCGGACGGGGGUGCGCCAGGGGAACCACAUUGCACUGAGCGUAGCCUUGCAGGUCUUCUUCAACCUGAACUGUCUGUGGCCUCAGCUGAAGAAGCUUCUGGCCGAGCUCCUGGAGGAAGUGCGGCAGGCGCCACUGGCUGCCGCAGGCUUUCUGCAGGGCCUGGAAGUGAACCUGCAGGUGCUGGUGGCGCAGACGCAGCGCGUGCACGCCUUGGAAGAGAUCGUGCAAGCGAAGACGGACCCCGUCACCCAUAGGAGCUUCCAGUCUGUGCUGGAGGAUGCAGGGGUUCGGUCGUUGACCGGCCACUUCUGGACUGAGGCCGCCAGUGUUUUCAAGGCGAAGCUUGCAAAGGUGUGUCAAGACCGGACUUUCCGUUCAAAGGCGAUCGCCGACUGCCCCAAGGUCCUCCAAAGCCUUGUGUCUGCUGUCGACAAGCUCGGCCGUGGAAAGGUUAUGAAGUCAACGGAGCGCGAGAUCCUGUACCAGUCCGCCACAGACUUGCGGAACGAGUUUUUGGGCGAGUCCAUCCGACGCGUGACGGAUCCCAUCGAGAUGAUGCUGCCGGACAAGCUGCUGUCGAGCCUGAGCGCUUCUGGUGAGCGCAUCGGGGGCACGGGCGAGACGGUGACGGACGAGCUGCCUACCAUGCACGACCUGCGUCGCUAUGUGCAGCUGCUUGUGACUGAGCUGGAGCGUGUGGAGUGCUGUCCGGAGCUGCUUCUGAAGGACGUCGUGCGCAGCGUCCGGAGCUCCGUCCUGUUCUUCGCCACACGCCUGGAGCAGGUGGUCGAUUCAUCCUCAGUAAUCCAGUGCCUCACGGAGGAGGAUGGGCGCUUGCGGUUAAAAGCACCGCUUCCCAUGCCUACCGCUGGCCACGCCCGCAAUGCCCGGCUCUUCGGCAUUGCGCACCACACCCUGGUAGCCCUUCGGGAGCUGAUCCCCUCGCGGUUCCUUGAGUCUGUGGCCACUGACCAGGUUCAGAGCACCUUGAAACAAGCCCAAGCCGCGGUCGUGACGCCUCUCUUCACCAGUCUCCAGAGCUCCCUACGCCGUGCCGUGGUCGCAGCCUGCCUGAGCAACGACGAGGGACAACUCGGUGCCGUGAGCCAGGCUUGCAGCCACCUGAGCCGCCACUUCUUCUCCCUCUUCGGAGCUGGGCAGCUCCAGGGCCACCUGAGGGAGUUUUGCAGCUUUGCCAUGCGCUGCUUCCUCUCGGCGGCAGCGCUGGCGCGGGCCCCACUGCGCCAGGAGCUGGCGACCCUCGAGACCCUCCUGGCCAGCCUGGACCCAGACUAUGCCUCCCACCUGCGCUACGAGGCCUCCGUGCUCAAGGAGUUCGCGAAGCUGUUGGCGUCCGCGUCUGUGGAGUCCCAAGACUUCGAGGAGCUCGCCAACGUGAUUCCCCUGCAUUUGCUGCUGACCUUUCUGCUACACCGGCUGAAGGUGCCCAGCCUCCCUGAGUUCCUACGGCAGUCUCCAGAGCAGUACCUCGAAACCGCCGUGCAGCUUUGGGAUGAGAAGCCAAGAGCCCUGGAGUCCUUCAAGGCCAAUGUCGCCAACCUUUCCGACAAGUACAACCUGGAUCCAACUGAGUCGCCACUGGUUGCCUUUAUCAUCGCGCAGAGCAGCUCCUAG